GUACAAAACCCUACCUGGUAGAUUCGGUCCGAGCUCUAAGAAAAACCCCAAACCUAAAUCUACCCCAAUCAGUCUUUCCCCAAACCUAGUCAGGAUCGGACUGGGUUAGUCCCAACAGACCUUUUCCAUUGCAUCCUUAUAUACAAAUCCCUGUGAAACAACGAAAUCCAGAAUUUUUAAGAAAAUCAUUUCCUUUCCUCCAAAUACCUCCAUUCAAAGCAUAGUCCGAAUUGGGCCUGAGUCGUCCUUCAAUCCAAACCAAUCUACUCGGGUUGCAAACUAGACGUCUAGUUGUAUUACAGCAAGCUACAUAGGUGAAGCAGUUUUGCUCCUUAUGUUUGCAGGAUAUGCUACUCAUAAUGUGAGCGUCCUUUGUAAUAGUAUGAAAUGGGACUGGGGUGAUUGUGAUGCCUAGAUAAAGCCCAAGAAGCUCUUUCUCAUCUUUCCCAAAUGAGGGUGACUUUGAUGUCUAGCUAAACCCCAAGAGCUCUUUCUCAUCAUUUCUACACAUGGGAAGAGAAGAGAAAUCUAUAUUGACUGGAGAAGCUGUGAGCUGCAAUCCAAUGGCUAAAGUUUGUUGGCCUUACUUUGAUCCUGAGUAUGAGAACUUGAGCAUGAGAAUAAAUCCUCCAAGGGUGUCUGUAGACAAUUUAAGUUGCAGCGACUGUACUCUGAUCAAGGUUGACAGCAUGAACAAACCAGGAAUACUGCUGGAAGUGGUACAAAUCCUAACAGACAUUGACCUCCUAAUUACCAAAGCUUACAUCUCUUCUGAUGGCGGAUGGUUCAUGGAUGUGUUUCAUGUCACCGAUCAACAAGGAAACAAAAUUACAGAUGGAAAAAUCAUCGACUACAUUGAGAAGGCUCUAGGACCAAAGGGAGACACCAUAGAUGGGGUAAAGACUUGGCCAGGAAAACGAGUUGGGGUGCACUCUGUUGGUGAUCACACGGCCAUUGAGCUCAUUGGCAAGGACCGCCCAGGCCUCUUAUCAGAGAUCUCUGCUGUUUUAGCUGACCUCCACUUUAAUGUGGUAGGUGCUGAAGUUUGGACACACAACAGACGAAUUGCAUGUGUUGUCUAUGUCAAUGAUGAUGCCACAUGCCGUGCUGUGGAUGACCCAACUCGAUUAUCUGUUAUGGAGGAGCAACUCAAGAAUGUGUUACGUGGAUGCGAGGAUGAUGACAAAGUGGCUCGAACCAGUUUCUCCAUGGGGUUCACUCAUGUUGAUCGGAGGCUUCACCAGAUGUUGUUUGCAGACAGGGAUUAUGAAGGUGGUGGAACAACAAUUGAAGCUGAUUAUCCUCCCUCCUUCAAACCAAAAAUCACAAUUGACCGUUGUGAGGAUAAGGGAUACUCAGCGGUUAGUGUCAUGUGUAAAGAUCGGCCAAAACUGAUGUUUGACAUUGUGUGCACACUCACAGAUAUGCAAUAUGUUGUUUUCCAUGCCAGCAUUUCAUCCGAUGGUCCCUAUGCAUCACAGGAGUAUUUUAUUCGUCACAUGGAUGGUUGCACACUUGAUAAUGAAGGAGAGAAGGAAAGGGUCAUCAAAUGUCUUGAAGCUGCAAUUCGACGAAGAGUAAGCGAGGGUUUAAGCCUGGAGCUCUGUGCAAAGGAUAGAGUAGGCUUGUUAUCUGAAGUGACAAGGGUUCUCCGAGAACAUGGAUUGUCAGUUACCAGAGCGGGCGUCUCAACAGUUGGAGAGCAAGCAAUGAAUGUUUUCUACGUGAGAGAUGCUUCUGGAAAACCAGUGGACAUGAAGACCAUAGAAGCGCUUCGUAAAGAAAUCGGACACACUAUGAUGCUUAACGUGAAGAAGGAACCAUCCAGUGCUAAGACACCUGAGGCUAGCGGAUGGGCCAAGACGAGCUUCUUCUUCGGAAGCCUGUUCGAAAGGCAACGCUCUCGAUAUGGAAUAACUUAAGAAGAAGUAAUGCUUAUAGAUGGAGUGGUUUAAGGAACAAAGGAAAAGGACCAGUAAUAUUUUUCUUCCAAAGAAUGAGUGACAACUGGGAUGGUAAUGUGCUCUAAGCUCUGGUGUGUCACGCAAGCGAAGCUAACAGGUCAAAGUGGUUGAACCGAAGCAAUGGCCCUGGCUGGAGAGUUACGUGAUCACAUUUGCUCCCGGUUAGAAAACCGAGGCAGCUCUGAAGCGUCUUCAGUUCUCAAGAAACCCAGCCCUUUUAAUGAGAAAUCCAAUGUGGCCAACUCACAUAUUUUAAA